UGAGAUUAUGUGAAUGAGCCCUGAGACUGUUGCCCCCAUUAACCACUUCCCCGUCUGGCCCAUGUAUAUAAACGGCCUCCCCGCCCCCUGCUUGUGCGCGCUCCCUGGGAGCGCGCAUCACCGCAAUCCGGUGCCCGCUGUGUCCUUCGGACACAGUGGAACACUGAUCGUCGGACGGGACCUCUGUACGAGGUCCCGAUCAUGUGAUCACUGAUUGGCCAAUCAGUGAUCACAUGCAGAGUAGUAAGCAAGAUGUCACUUCUGACAUCAUUACUUACUACGUGUGAAAUCUGUGAAUGAUCACAGAGAUCACAUGGUACAGGGCUAUUCACAACAGCCUUGUACCAUGUGACAAGCUGUGACCAAUCACAGCUCAC